GUGUCCAGUGAUGUAUUCUGUGUACAGUGUGAACGUAUUGAGCGGCCGCGUGCCCCGCUGAAAAUUUUAUAUAUCGUAACCUCAGUGCCCCUUGGUUUACGUCGUGAUCUUUUGGUGCAAUAAUCCUGGGUUGAUAUGCGAAGGCACCGCUAGAGGGACCGGUAAGAAAAUUCUGAACAAAGUUCGACCGAUGCUUCGUGAGCAGGAUAACGAGACAACUAACCCUGCAGUGGCUUGCGGAUCAUCUCCGGACCCCGAGACGCCGGAGGCUAAUUCUGAGACGUCGGAAUCAGCCGGAGCGGAAAGUGCGGAGCACUCUGUAACCUUCGGCGAUUCUCAUACCGCGGAUCUGAUGCAGACGGAGAAACGAGUCCACAGGCCGCAUCCCUCCGGGUCGACGUUCCUGAUAACCGCACCCUGUACCUCACUCCACAGGGACAAGGGGUCUCCCGAGCAGAGAAAUCCGCAUCCCGUUGUCCUCCAGGUUCACGCCAACAACCAAUUUCUCUACGACACGUCAGCCGUCGGUCGAAACGGGCUCGUCGACGUCGCGACGGAGCGCAGCAGUCGACGCGAGGUCCCGGAACUUGACGCUAAUUCUGAGGACGCGACGGAGAUGGAGAUUCGCCAAGAGGCGGAGGACACCGACGUCGUGGAACGCGUCGAGCGCGUUGAGAUGGACGAGGACUACGCGGAGGACGCUGAGGAGCCUGAGGACGACGACGAGGAGGUCGAGGUCGACGUUUGCCAUUCUCCGGAUCGCAGCAGUCCGAGCCCCGUCGACCUCACCCAUUCUUCGAGGGACCCGGAAUUCCAUCCGGCGACCAUCGGCUGCAACCCAUUUGCAAACAGAGGCACCCCUGAUUCCUCCAUUCAUCUCCAUGCACUGUCGUGUCUGCACCAGGGCACCGCUGGCAACCACAACUCCCGAUUCCUCACCUACACCGGCGCUUCUUCGACGACGACGACGCCGACGCCUUCCGCUACCACGACCCCGACUAGCACUACAACGAAUACUGUACAGCAGCACAAAAGAGGCCUCGCUUUUUCGGUAGAAAAUAUUCUAGAUCCGAACAAAUUUACUGGAGGUAGACUUAUUCAGCAUCUUGGUCAUCGCACCCAUCGAAGAGGCAGCAGCAUUCAUGAAGAUGGAGACUCGAGGGGUGAAUUUGCCUGCGGUAGCGGUCAGGAGGACGAGGGAAACGCGGAGACCGAAGAGCUCGAUGACGACGAGGACGAGGACGUCGAGAUGCAGGAAGCUUCCGGUGGCGAGUCGAGUAACCCCGGCUGCAAGAAGAAGUCAUCCUCCUCGUCGCAGAGCCAGGGUGGCUCCGGGGGUGGCAAGCCGCGGAGGGCUAGAACAGCCUUCACCUACGAGCAGCUGGUCGCUUUGGAGAACAAGUUCAAGACGACGAGGUACCUCUCGGUCUGCGAGCGAUUGAACCUCGCGCUGUCCCUCUCGUUGACCGAAACGCAGGUCAAAAUAUGGUUCCAGAACCGGCGCACUAAGUGGAAGAAGCAGAACCCGGGGCUCGACGUUAACAGUCCCACUGUACCCACGACACCGCCGCAUCCUCAUCCUCACAGUUCCCCGUACGCUCCGACUUUUCUAUUCGCGACACACUCUCACCCCCAUCAUCCUCCACCCCCGGGUUACUAUCACCAUCCAACGCCGUAUCCACCCACGGGACCAACCUUCUUCGGUCACCAUCUUCCAUCCCCGACGCCGACCACUUUGUCGCAUUCACAUUCCCACACGCACCCUCACGCGUAGCAACUGCGAGAAGGCGCGAGCCUCCCUCUGAACAAACCCCCUACGAAUGUAACAUAAUACAACGUGUCAGAGAUUCGUUAUGAAUAUAUAAAUAUUAUACAUAUAUAAAUAUUAUAGAAUUAGCAGCAUGACCGUGGAUAAAAUUACUUAUGUAAGGUGAGACAGUGAUAU